AUGACUCACGUGAUGGAGGACUACCAAAAGGAGAUGAAGUUGCUCUCCGAGACGAUGGUGGGCUCCAUGCUAAAGUCAUUGGGCGUAAUGCCCGAGGAUGUGAACUGGUUCAAGCCCAAUAAGAGAUCCAGUCAUCAUUCACAAGCCCUGCUCCAACUGAACUCCUACCCAGUAUGCCCGGAUCCCACCCGGGCCAUGGGCUUGGGCCCUCACACUGACUCCUCCCUCGUCACUUUGCUAUAUCAAAGCAAUACCAGCGGCCUCCAACUCCGCGGCGACGGCGGCUGGAUCACUGUACCGCCACUCGCCGGCGCGAUCAUUGUCAAUGUGGGCGACCUUAUGCACUGCACUUCACCGGCCGUCGUGGACAAGGUCGAACAUCGCAUUUCCGUGGCUUACUUCUACGGCCCACCAAGGGAGGUCCAAAUCUCGCCGUCGAUGAAGCUGACUGACCUCGAUCAUCCCCCUCUCUACUGGCCGGUGACGUGGAAGCAGUACCUGGAUGCCAAGGCAGUUUACUUCAAUAGGGCACUUGAUUUGAUUCGUGUGGACAAAUUUAGUGCCCAAAAGAUGAACACACUGGUGCUCGAUAGUUCCAUCUAG